AUGAACACCAAAGAUUUUAUGGUUCUUCCAUGGGGAAAACCUGGAAAUUCUGUAAAGCUAAAAUAUAAAAAUGCUCAAGAACUGAGGAUGGAGAAAGUACAGCUAGAGUUGGAGAACCAAGAGAUGGAAAAGAAACUACAAGAGUUCCAAUCAACAAGAAAUAAAGAAAAGGAAGAACGAGGGUCAAGUGGAUAUCAUUGGAAAUCUGGACAAGUGGGCAAAUUGGGUAAUCAAUCAUACAUGAUGUCACAAAAUAAAGGAAAUGUUAUUAAGUUUUCUGCUGGAAAAGUGAAAUUAAAAUUACUGAAGGAACAACUUCAAGGACCAGUGAAACAACCACUAAAUUAUAAAAUGGCAAAUUGUUCUGAAAGUAACAAACCUAAGAUAAAAGGGAAGGUCUGCGGGCAGUGUGAGAAGAAAGCUGCUCUGCUGGUAUGUCUUGAAUGUGGAGAAGAUUAUUGCUCAGGAUGCUUUGCUAAAAUCCACCAGAAGGGGGCACUGAAACUCCACAGAACAACUCUUCUGCAGGCAAAAUCGCAAUUAUUAUCCAAUGUAUUGGAUGCUGCCCAUCAGUUUAUAAAGGAAGUUAAUCCAGAUGAACCCAAAGGGGAGAAUCGUUCUACAAAAGAGAUUAGUAAAAGCCAGCAGGAAACCAAGUCUCGUCUUCUGCAGGGGAGCAGCUCUCAGGUAGAAGAUCCAGCAACAAAAAAAGAAGAAUGUGCAAAUCCGAAAGACAAGCCCUUGUGUGAAGUGCCUUUCAAUGAAGAAGCUUCUGCCCAAUCCUUUCAGAAAGUUUUAAGUCAGUGGAGAAAUGGACAUCAUGAUGACAAUGAGACACAGAACUUACAUGCAGCAAAAUCAGAUUCAUUGGAAGAAAGUGAAGUACAAACUAAUCUGAAAAUUUGGACAGAACCACUUACUAUUGAAUUUAAGGAAGAUAGUCUAUCUUACAUGGAAAAAUUAUGGCUUAAAAAACACAGAAGAACUCCACUGGAGCAACUUCAGCACAUGCUACCGGACACCUUCAUACCUCAGUGUAAAACCACUAGUGAGGCACAAUGUUCUCAGAAUGAAAAUGAUGAAGAUAGUGAUGUUGAGGAUAUCAAGAUGCAAUCCCCAGCUCUUUUUCUGUCAAUAGAAGAAUUAAACAUAGAGAGACCUGAACCAGCUCUAAAAAUAGUUGAACUGGAUGACACUUAUGAAGUGGAAUUUGAAGAACCAGGAAAUGCCGUGCCUUAUAAAGUUGAGUUAGCAGAUGCAGACAGUCAACAAAGUCACACAUUUCGUGAUUAUCAGAAUGCUUUUCUGUAUGAAAAUGACAUCCAUCAACAUCAUGUAUUCACCAAGAGAAAAUCUGACCUCUUCCACCUUCAUCUGAGUAACAACUCUUUUUUUUGUAAAGAUAACUCAAAAGCAGGAACUUCCCAUGCAGAUUUUGAUACCUUUGUGGAUCCUGACGCGUACACUCCUGCUAUUGAAAAAUUAGAGGAAAACAGCUUUUUUGAGAGAAAUUUGAAAGAGGAAGGCAUAGAUAUAGAAAGUAAUAAAAAGCAUGACGAUUCCCACAUAACACUUGAGAGCAAGGAUUCUUUGCCAAGUACCUGCAUUAAGGAGAAAUUAUCUCAAGAGGACAAGAAAUCCUUGGAAUUCAGCAACCUGCAUGAGAGGCCAAACUUUGAAGAUUCUAAAACUGCAGAGUCACCACUGUUGUUACAAGAAGUAGCCCUCAGGAGUAAGCCCAUAACUGAACAAUAUCAAGGACUUGAAAGAUUCUUUGUUUUUGAUAAAAAUGAAAGACUCAACUUACUUCCUUCUCAUAGCUUAGAAUGCAACUCCUCCAAUACCAGGAUUACAAUUGCAGGGGACAGAGAAUGGAUCCCAGGCCACAGUGUAAGUGCAUGUGCUGACAACACGGUUGCCUUGGGUGUUCUGAAGUUUUCCCAGGAACGAUCAGCAAGGAGAACACAGCUAAAGACUGGCCAGAUAUCACAGAGACCUUCAACAGCAAAUUUACCACUUUCCAACUCUGUGAAAAGAAGUUCCAGUUGCUUUUCUUCUUCUCAUCCCCGGUCAAGAAGUGCAGUUGCUCAAUCACUCUCUAAAGCUGCUUCUGAAAUUUCAGAAAUUGAAUAUAUUGAUGAUACUGACCAUGAUGAGCCUUUCUUAGAUGACACUGAUGAUCAGCAGACCUUAGACAGUUUGGAAAAAGAAUUAAAUGAGCUGAGAAAUCUUGCAGAUCCUUCAGAAAAACUUUACAGCCUAACCUCAGAAGAGUUACCAGCCUUCAACAACCAUUUGCUGAAUACAAGUCAGACCACCCUAGAUUUCCUUAAGGCCUCAGGUGUGAGGGGUCUCUGUGGAUUGGAGGAACAGAGCUCUUCUGAAAAGGAUACUGGAAUCCAGUCUUUGCUGACAGUUUCUGAAAGCAGUACGGACGAAGAGGAAGAAGAUUUCCUUGACAAGCAACAUGUCAUUACACUCCCGUGGUCAAAGAGUACCUAG